AUGCCUGGAUUACAUGAGAAGCUGACGCUUGUUGCAGCAGCGGCCGCUCUGGCCGUCUUGGCCUCGGUGAGGUCGUCCCCGGUGGUGGAGCCGGAGCCCAUCCGCUGCGCCGCCUGUACGCAGGAGACACUCGACGGCUGUCCCGCCGUGCCGCCGGACUGCGCGCAGGUGCUUAGGGAGCCCGGGUGUGGCUGCUGCAUGGCCUGCGCUCUGGAGAAGGGGGCGUCCUGCGGGGUUCACACAGCCCACUGCGGCGGGGGCCUCCGCUGCAUCCCCAGGCCCGGAGAGGCCAGGCCGCUCCACGCUCUGACCAGAGGACAGGGGGUCUGCAGCGAGGACCAAGAGGAAGCUGUGCCUGACCAGGCCUCUCUGCACUACCUGCUGGGCCUCAACCUUCCCUUGGACCCCGAAGACCCCACUGAGGGCCAAGAGAGUAUCAGGACCAAGAUCAACGCCAUCCGCAACAAGCUCAUGCAAGAGGGUCCCUGUCACGUCGAGCUGCACGCAGCAGUGGACACGAUAUCCAGCUCGCAGCAGAAGCUGAGAGAGAAGUUCACCACGUUCUACCUCCCCAACUGCGACAAGCGCGGCUACUACCAGGCCAAGCAGUGUGAGUCCUCUCUGGUCGGGCCGCCUGCGCGCUGCUGGUGCGUCUCUCCCUGGAAUGGGAAGAAGCUCCCGGGAUCGAGUGACCUGCGGAGUGACUCGGAGUGUCACCAAGAAGUCACACACUAG